GGAGAGCGAGGGUUCGGUAUUCGCCUUGACAUGGCUGAGGGCGCCAGCUGGCGGCCGCCGCGCCCCUGCGAAGCUUAUCGCGCCGAGUGGAAGCUCUGCCGCAGCGCUGGGCACUUCCUGCACCACUACUACGUCCACGGCGAGUGGCCGGCCUGCGAGCAAUGGCGACGCGACCUGGACAGCUGCCACGAAUGGGAGGAGCGCCGGAGCGCCGAGGCCCAGCGGUCCCUCUGUGAGAGCGAGCGUAGGAGAGUCCAGGCCGCACGAAAGCACAUCCUGGUGUGGACCCCGAGGCAGAACCCCCCUGCAGACUGGCACCUCCCUCUGCCGCAGGAGGAGACAGACAAGUGACAAGCACCCCUGCACAGCUUCCUCUGGUCUGUUUCAAGUGGAGCUGUUGCACGACCCCAAGGACUCUGACUGGCCCAUUCUAGUAGGUGCCUGGGAGCUUCUGCCUGGCUUGGAACACGGAGCUCAACGUCUCCAGGGCUACUUGCCCAACCCUUACCUGCAUUCAGGGUGCCCCACUGCUGCCAUGCUCUGGAAGACAGUUUUGCCCGCUGCACAGCUUCCAGGAGGCCAAGCACCAUUGCAGACUGCUGUGAGCAGGCAGGUUGGGCUGUCUCAUGCUCCUCCCUCCCACGCGGACAGUAGUACAGGAGAUGGUCAUCCUGAGGUCUAGAUUCUGAGAUAAACUCUUGAGUGGUAGCUGUGACCCCUGUGGACAUGUAGAGGGGUCAGAAUGAGGUAACUAAAUGGUUGUGCUGCCAUGAACACCUCACCUGGUCCUAGCUUGGUGAUGACCAAGCACGGCCGGCCACUGGUGCUCACACUUGGCUGUGGCCCCCUUGCGCAGGUCCUCUGCAGACACAGGCGAGGCGUGCCUCUGGACUAGCAUGCCGCACCUCCUAGGCUCACAGGAGGUGAGAUUCUGUUUUUUAAGAACUGUACACAGCUAUGGAACACACCACCUUGCAUAAAAAGGGUUCACGGACUCUUGGCUGAAGAAACCCAAACCCAGGACAUGUGGAAUUUUGGUCUGCUUCCCUUACUAUUUCCCCUGAUCGUUUUUAGAAAAUGUGGAGUAUGUCAAAAGCCAUUUUACACAUUGGGUUUCAAAGAGAAACUGAAAAUUAAAUGAACAGUUCAGUUGUUGAGAUUGUUAAAUUUCGCAUCUGAUUGUACUCAUUGUUAAGGCGAGGUCAUGAAGGUUAGUUAGGCCAUAAUCCACCAUGGCUGGAGAGGGAUGACCAUGUGCGGACACAGCAAAAAGGUGGCCAUCAAGACGCCAGAGAGGCCUUCAGACCAACCAACCCUGCUACUCCUUCAGCCUUGGGAGUUCUAGCUUCCAGAACUGUGAGAAAUGCCUUUUUUAGCCCUGCAGUCUGCCAUUUUGUUCUGGCAACCCCAGCAUGCUAAUGACAGUCACCAUCCCAGAACUAACGGUACUCGAUUAAGAGUCCUCAGCCCCUGGAGCCCCACCUUCCGGUGGAACACAGCAGCUUUGUUCAGUAGUGUGUCCCUGGCUUGCUCCGCUCUCCAGCCUCCCUCCCCAGCUUAAAAUGCUAAGCUGGCCCUGCUGACAAUGAUGUGAGGAAGUUCGUGUGUUCUGUCUGCCCCCAUGUGCAGACAGCACAGAGCCUACACAUCCUUCCCCUGUUUCUUGGGAUCAUUUUAUGCCUCCUGCCACAGAAUUGGAAUCUUCCUUUUUACUGGGGGGCAAUGAUCAAGGCUUGGGCAUCCUCUCCCUGGUGCCUGGCAAGGAAGGGCAGUACCUCUUGCCUCUGUCCAUCCUUGGGUGAAUUAAUUUUGACUCUAACAUAAGACAAAGAGAC